GGAGACUAAAGCUUUCUUUCUCCUAUAUUUUGCUGGGUGUUGACGAGCCAACGGUUGAUACCCGCCAUUUCGCUCCCUUAGUGCCCUGUUGUCCAGAGAUUGGCUAAAGCUUUCAUGGCUACUGCUGCCGGAUCUGCCUCUAUCUACUUCCACUCUGCCAGGGUUGCGGCCAAAUCUGCCCUUUCCGGUGGUCGAACUGGUCAGAGGAUUGUGCAGUUCCCACAAUGGCCUUCCAGCACCUCACCAUUGAUGCAGCACCAACCUUGCCUUGCCUUGCAGUGCAGUUUAAAGAGCUCCUCUGCUUCUUCGGGUGUAAGAUCUCAGGUUGCAGCUGUUGAACAAGCAGUGACUGAACAGGUUCAGAACGUGGAAACUCCUGUUGUUGUUGUCACUGGUGCUUCGAGAGGAAUUGGUAAAGCAAUUGCAUUGACCCUUGGGAAGGCUGGUUGUAAGGUCCUGGUGAAUUAUGCAAGGUCCUCGAAGGAGGCUGAAGAAGUUUCCAAAGAGAUUGAGGCAUGUGGUGGUCAAGCUCUUACAUUUGGGGGAGACAUGUCAAAAGAAGCUGAUGUGGACUCAAUGAUUAAAACUGCAGUUGAUGCAUGGGGAACAGUGGAUGUAUUGAUAAAUAAUGCAGGAAUCACUCGGGAUGGUUUGCUGAUGAGAAUGAAGAAAUCCCAGUGGCAAGAGGUUAUUGAUUUGAAUCUUACUGGUGUAUUUCUCUGCACACAGGCAGCAGCCAAAAUUAUGAUGAAAAAGAAAAAGGGGAGAAUAAUAAAUAUUGCUUCUGUGGUUGGUCUGGUUGGAAAUGUUGGACAAGCCAAUUACAGUGCUGCAAAAGCAGGGGUCAUUGGCUUUACCAAGAGUGUCGCAAAGGAAUACGCAAGCAGAAAUGUCAAUGUGAAUGCUGUUGCCCCAGGUUUCAUUGCUUCUGACAUGACUGCCAAGCUUGGAGAAAACAUUGAGAAGAUAAUCUUGGGAACUAUCCCGUUGGGGAGAUAUGGUCAACCUGAAGAAGUGGCUGGACUGGUGGAGUUUCUAGCCCUUAACCCUGCAGCCAGUUACAUUACUGGACAGGUUUUCACCAUUGACGGAGGAAUGGUGAUGUAGGGAGCUUCAAGAUUCUUCCAACCUGGCAAAUGUCACACCAAAGGCCUCCAGCUCUCCCUGAUUGUUACCACAGGAACAUAGGGAAGCAUGAGAAAGAAUAGUACUGUCCGUUUGCCACUAUAUUAGUCGAAAUAUUCAGGUAGUUCCAGAGAAUGAAAACGGAAAUUGAAGGAUGGCCCAUCUUUUUAAGUUUCCAAUGUUAUAAUCUUUGUGGCUAAACUGAGUUAGUAUAAUCACCAGGAAUUCAUUUUUUGCCAUGAUUUCUGGAUGCUUGUCCAUCUGAUCAUGAGUUUUGACUUUUGACUAGAGAUGUUAUUAGAGACAUUACUUUGAUAUCCAUGUUGCCUUCCCAAAGAUGGAAAAAAGUAACAAUUUUGA